AUGGUAGAAAAGACCGCGCAAGGGGGGGAUACAGGGGUAGCAACUUUGCGAGGUGUGAACGGUGGAUUAGUCAGCAGUGGGAAGGGAAAAAGGGAAGUUCUUCGAGGACACUACAAGAGACUUGGAGUGCCCUCGGAGAAUGAAUCUUUUGACCAAGUGUUUAAGAAGGAGGUGGACGCAUGGGCCCAAAAAGAAGAAGAGACAUCGAAGGCAGACGUUGGGAACGUAGAACUAGAAAAGGAGUUCACUGAGGACGAGGUUGAGGCGUGUGUGAACAAGCUGAAGUGCCACAAAGCAGCAGGAGCGGAUGGGAUAGUCAACGAGUUCAUGAAGUUUGGGGGGAAGGGGAUGAUCCAGCUGAUGGUACUGCUAUGCAAUUGGGUGUGGAAAAACGAGUACAUGCCAAGUAGACGGAGGGAAGGAGUAGUUGUGAACUUGUUUCAGAAAGGAGACAAGACUGACCCAGGAAAAUACAGGGGGAUCACACUGUUGAACACAGUAGGAAAAAAAGUGUUCUAUGAUUUCGUCGGUAUGUCGGACACCCAUGAGGGACUACAACUGCAAAUUGACGCGGCGAAGAAGUUUACUGAUAAGUGGAGAUUGUCUGCCAACGUUAAGAAGAGUGCCGUCAUGGUAUGCAACGAGAACAAGGAGGAACCAGUAGAACAUAGAUGGAAGUGGGGGAUCGAGGAGAUUGCAGUAGUGGACCAGUACACAUACCUCGGAGUAGAGAUCGCAAAAGACUGCUCGUGGAAUGCACACAUGUCCAAGGUAGCGGAAAAGGGCAAAGCACGAGCAGGGAAGCUGCAUCCAAUACUCGCAAACCGGCACCUCGAUACACGCAUCAAAUUGACGGUUUUGAAGAGCGUAAUCGUACCGCCGCUGGAUUACGCCGGAGAAUAUGGGAAGGAAAUAAGAAGGUAG